AUGUUCGAUCAGGUCGUGCCGUAUGCGGGGAAGCAGCGAGGGUCGGGUAAGAACGAGGAUGUCGAUGGUGCCAAGAAUAGCGAGGGGGGCCAGGCGGCCUGGAUCCACUCGAUGCAAGCAGAGCUCUUUUUCGGCGCAUGGAUUCUCUUGAACGCCCUCAUUAUCGCCAUCGAAACAGACAACAGGGCUGACGAUGACAAUGACUGGGGUUGGAUCCUCAUCGAGUCCAUCUUCAAUGUGGUCUUCCUUGUUGAGAUGUUGAUGCGCAUUGUCGCGGAGAGGAGCCGGUGGCCCUGUAGCAUGUGGAACAUGUUCGAUGCGGUGCUCGUAGUGAUUGGCAUUGUCGAUGUGUGGAUUCUUUUGCCUGCAGGAGCUACUGCUGAUAUCCGUUUCCUCACGCUCAUGCGGCUCUUCAGGCUGUUGCGACUGAUGCGGGUUCUGCGCGUGGUUCGCGUUCUACGGAACGCGAAGGAGCUCCUCCUGCUCAUUUCAGGCAUUGCAGGCGCAUUCAAAGCCAUGGUAUGGGGCAUGAUCCUUCUCGGCUUCAUGAUCUUCAUCUGUGCCUUGCUUGUCACAAAGAUUGUGGGCAAGCGCUGCUGCCUCGGAGACAAAGUUUUCAAUGACGCUAUUUCGUUCCCCCCCGCCGAAGACGGCUCAUCCAACGAGAACGAGGGCCUCUAUUUUGAUUUAUUUGGCACGAUGCCGAGGUCAAUGUUUACGCUAUUCCAGUUUACUGCGGAGUUUCAGCCUGACAUCGUUCGUGCCACUUGGGCGGAUGGGGUGGAGGGCUACCUUUUUUCAUUCUUCUUGAUAUUUUACGCUUUGGCGUCUAAUAUUGUAAUUUUGAACAUAAUUGCCAGCGUCAUCGUGGACGUAGUCAUGAGCAUCUCGUCGAGUAAACGUGAAGAGGAAGUGGCUGAGGCAAAGGAGGAGCUGCGGAAGGAGAUCACAGGGAAAGUCGACGAGCUGUUUCAGUCUUUGGACAUCAACGAAGACCGAACGCUGCAAUACGGUGAGCUCUUCGAUAAGAAAACAGAUCACGUUCAGAGAGUCUUCAAGGCAGCUGGGCUUCUGCCAUCCGACGCAAAAGAGCUGUUCAGCCUCCUGGACAAGGACUCGAGUGGGGCAGUCACGCCAAGCGAGUUCAGGGAGAGCCUCGUGCGCUUGAAGCAGGCCCCAGACGCCAGGGACAUCCUGCGGAUUGAGUUCAGCUUGAAGUCCAUGGGGAGCAAGGUUGACAAGGUCAUGAAAGCUCAGGCGAAUGUAGUCGAUGUGCUCAGUCGCAUCGCGCUCGAUUGA